CUGGGCAACUCCUUCCACCCUGUUCUUCUCCUUACCAUAUUUUCAGCACCUCAGAGCUCCAUAUAUUCCGUCUUCCACCCGCACCGAUUAGGGUUUCUCUGCCGAUCUAAGGUUUCGCUUCCUCCACUAUGAUGCCCCAGCCAUCACCCGGUGCCGCCCCUAACCCCCAGGCCCAGCCUCCGGCGCAGCAGUACCCGCACCAGCCGAUGGCCGCCCCUCCCCCAGCGCUGCCGCCGCACCAGCAAUGGAUGAUGAUGAUGCAGCAGCAGCAGCAGCAACAGCAGCAACAGCAGCAGCCGGCGGCCCGGCCAGUGCCCCCACCGGCCGGGUGGUUGCCCCAGCCCGUCCCUCCUCCAGUGCCGUCUCAGGUGCAGCAAUACCCUGCUGCUGGUCCGUACUCGGCCAACGAGAUUAAGUCGCUCUGGAUUGGGGACCUCCAGCCCAACAUGGACGAGAACUACCUCUUCAGCUGCUUCGCUCACACUGGCGAGGUUGUCACUGCAAAGGUCAUUAGGAACAAGCAGACCGGUUUUUCUGAGGGCUAUGGUUUCAUUGAGUUCGCAUCGCGUGCUGCAGCAGAAAGGGUACUGCAGACUUACAAUGGCUCAUUAAUGCCAAACUCUGACCAGAACUUCAGGAUGAAUUGGGCCACGCUCGGUCCUGGUGAGAAACGCCAAGAUGGUGGUCAGGAUUACACAAUUUUUGUUGGGGACUUGGCUGCUGAUGUUACGGAUUACUUGCUACAAGAAACUUUUAGGGCUAUUUAUUCGUCAGUAAAAGGUGCGAAGGUUGUUACUGAUAGGAUGACUGGACGUUCCAAAGGCUAUGGAUUCAUCAAGUUUGGUGAUGAAGCCGAACAACUCCGUGCCAUGACUGAAAUGAAUGGGAGGUACUGCUCUUCCAGGCCCAUGCGGAUAGGUCCAGCUGCUAACAAGAAAACCGGCAUUGCCCAGUCAUAUCAAAAUGCACCUGAGCAGAACGGCUCUGGCACUCAUGGCGAGAAUGAUCCCAACAAUACAACAAUAUUUGUAGGGGCUCUGGAUCCAAGUGUUACUGAUGAUGUCUUGAGACAAGUAUUUGGCCAGUUUGGUGAGUUGCAUAGUGUGAAAAUUCCAGCUGGAAAGCGCUGUGGGUUCGUUCAUUUUGUUAACAGAGCUUCCGCUGAGCAAGCCCUGCAGGUGCUGAAUGGGACUCAGUUAGGUGGACAGAGCAUACGACUUUCAUGGGGCCGCAGUCCCUCAAACAAGCAGGCUCUGGUGUCAGAACAAGCCCAGUGGAACAGUGGAUAUUAUGGGUAUUCCCAAGGAUACGAAGGAUAUGGAUAUGUGCCUCCUCAGGACCCUAAUGCAUACUACGGAGGAUACCCGGGUUAUAAUUACCAGCAGCCCCAGCAGUUGAGAAGUUGAAAAUGCUACUGUACAGAUGCCCAACGAUUCAUGGACAUCUGUAAUACUUUUCUCGCUGUAAGCAUCCUUGUCUUUCAUUUAAUGAGUCGGCUUUUGUUUGGUGCAGUAAUGAUUCUGAGUCGAGAUCUGAGCUGGAGCUAGAUAAUUUGCAUAUCCUGGUGGCUGUAUCUGUGAAGAGUCAAAAUUAGUCGUAGCUAGCAGUGACCUUAUGUUGUAUCCUCUUCGAGGAUUCUCUAUUACAAGUUAGUGAACAUCCUUGUGUCGUGUGAAUGUGUGCUGCAGGCGGGCCCUGCUAUGUGUAAUCUGAUGAACCUGAGUUUCAGACUUUUCGCAAAUGAGGUUUUGCUUUGAUAUUGCCUUCAUCUUUCGUACUAUUUGGCUUAUAUGAUAGAUUAAGUUCGUGUC